CUCGAAACAAUUAAAAAAUUCGAGGGCUUUUUUUCUAAAGAACAUGUAUGAUUUAGAAUAAUCAAAUUUCUUUUAAGUUAAAGAGACAAACUAAACAAAAAGCAUUUCAAGAAAUUUAACUACAUAACUCAGUUUAGUUUUACCUUCAACAAGCCAAAGCUAACAACAAUUUCAUUUGGCUUGCACUCACCAAAACAAAACUACGUCUCAAUUUACCAAACACCAAUAAAGAGAGCUUUCACGUUCACGGUCAACCACCGCCUUUUGUCCUCGCUCUUUCCUUCGGUAUAAUUUCUCCCACUCUUGUUUAUUCUUCUUUUUCUUUCUUUGUUGACCUUCUGUUUGUGAUUUUCUGUGGGAAUUGUCCCGUCAAAAGCAAGAGCUGCUUUCAGGUUCUUGUGGCAUAUAAAUUCUUGACUUUUCAUGGAUUUCAUACUCAAUUACCAACCGUGGAGUUAAAAUUUACUGGAUCCUUUUGGAGAGCAAAUCAAAUUUAUCCUUGUUUUGCUGCAAUAGAGAACAGUGAUAAUUGGAUUACUUUUCCCCUUUCCCAUGCAAACUGUGCCUUGUAUGGAGUUUGUGGGGGAGGCAAACGAUAACAAAGAUAAAUCUUCAUCAUCAGGCUCUCUUCGGCUAUGGAGUCAAUGGCAAUUGUUAGAUUCUAUACUCCCUACUGGUGGCUUUGCUCAUUCAUUUGGUCUGGAGGCAGCCAUGCAAGCUCGCCUGGUCAUUUCGCCUGAAGAUCUACGAACUUAUGUAAUCCAUGUAUUGGAGAAUACCGGAAGCCUGCUUCUACCAUUUGUCUAUGCCGCAGCCAUGUCUCCUGAUACACAAACAUGGCAUAAACUCGACAGAUUGUUGAACGCUAUGCUGACAAACGAAGUUGGUCGUAAAGCAUCAAUAGCUCAAGGAUCAGCACUUAUGAGAGUAGCUGCUUCAGUUUUUUCAGAAAUUCCCUCGCUCAAAAUGAUGAGAAGUGAAGCUUUGAGCAGUGGGGCUGUUUCUUUCCACCACGCCCCCAUUUUUGGGCUUGUAUGUGGACUUCUUGGAUUUGAAGCCGAGACCACUCAGAAAGCGUACAUGUUUGUGACCAUGAGAGAUGUUAUAUCUGCUGCAACCAGGCUAAAUUUGGUUGGACCUCUAGGUGCAGCUGUAUUACAACAUCAGGUUGCUCCAAUUGCUGAGGAUUUGUCGACAAAGUGGAUGAACCGAGCUGUGGAGGAGGCUUGUCAGACAUGCCCUUUGCUUGAUACCGUGCAGGGCUGUCACAGUUACUUGUUUUCCCGACUGUUUUGUUCCUGAAGGCUGAAAGUCACAACAAAACCAGCGUUCGGCCAUUCUUGCUGCCUAGGCAGAAUGGAAGUCUUCAAAAUUAUCCGAGGCUGCUCAAGAAAAGGAUACAGUUUUGAGGUUGGUAAACCAAUCUUUCAGGCCUUUGCUUUCACAGGCUCUACAAAUAUUUUGAGUUGGAAAGCAUUCAAUUCUACCAUUAAUAUGACAAAACUGAACAAACAUCUCUGAAGUAAAGACAUUUGAGUUGGCA